GCGAUCAAGAUCAGUUUCUCCAGUACCCAGCCACCUGACCAUGAAAAGCAACUGGUCUAUUGAUCAUCCUCUCAACUUCAAAGAUGGCAAAAUACAACCUAGGGACAGCAGGCGGCAAAGAUCUGCAUCCCCAGCACCCAGCAGUAUGUCCAUGAAGAGUGACUGGUCCAUAGAUCAUCCUCUGAACUUCAAAGAUGAAGGAAUUCUACCUGAACACAAAUCAAGGAAGCGAUCAAGAUCAGUUUCUCCAGUACCCAGCCACCUGACCAUGAAAAGCAACUGGUCUAUUGAUCAUCCUCUCAACUUCAAAGAUGGCAAAAUACAACCUAGGGACAGCUGCAGUGGCAGUCACGCUGCUGGGGCUGCUCCAUAUGAGACCACUUCAGCACUGGCUCCAUGGCAGAGUCCUGAGGUGGGCGUGGUUACGCAGAACUCACCUGGUCAGAGUCACACCGGCCUGCCGCCAAACCUCUUCACCCCGUGGUCAGACCCUUCGUUUCUCCGGGCAUGUAUGCCCCUGGAACAGAUCUCCAGGCAUGCCGUGGUUUACAUGGAUGCCUCCACCUCUGGCUGGGGGGCAAUGUUCAACGGGCUUGCAGUGUCGGGGUUUUUGGGAAAAAACAAAACAAAGGAUUCUCCACCCGGUCCUCCUCCGGAGGAGGGAGUGGUGCGUUCACCAUCUCCUGAAGAGCAGCUCUCUCCACCUCUGGGUCGCCCAUCUCAGGGCCUCUUGCUCUUCUGCUUACCGCCCGGCUCCAUGGCACUGCUUGGCUGGAGGCUGCUGUGGAUGCGGCACGGUGGUGGAUGCAGGGGGCCGCCCUCAUCAACGAGCAGGCUGAGGGGCUGCGGCCGGCGAACGGGUGGAGGCAGCAGCUGUCCGCCAGGGCAGGAUGUGACGAAUCACCUCACCUCACUGCUGGGCAAGGUUCUCGACUGCGUCACCGAAGAGGCCAGUCUGGGACACAGGCGCAUUGAGGAACAGAACUUGUCGGCGUCCCUCAUGUCGGCCAGACACAGCCAGAGAUGGCACUACUGGACCAUCGUGCAGGUCCCUCAGUGCCUUGGCCUGCACGGUACCUCAAAACCUGGUAACAGCGGUACAUCAAAACCUGGUCGUUCUAAAGUUCAUGGGAAAUUCAAAUCAAACCUGAAAGAGAAGUUUCAGUGUUUGUGUGAGGGAAUAGCAAAACAGGGAAACCCAACACUCCUGAAUGAGAUCUACACUGAGCUCUACAUCACAGAAGGUGGAGAUGGAGAAGUUAAUAAUGAGCAUGAGAUCAGACUGAUUGAGACAGCAUUCAGGAAAAGAGAGAAAGCAGACACACCAAUUAACUGUAAUGACAUCUUCAAACCUUUACCUGGACAAGACAAACCCAUCAGAACUGUGCUGACAAAGGGAGUCGCUGGCAUUGGAAAAACAGUCUCUGUGCAGAAGUUCAUCCUGGACUGGGCUGAAGGGAAAGAGAAUCAGGACGUCCAGCUCAUAUUUCCACUUCCUUUCAGAGAGCUCAAUUUUAUGAAGAACCAAAAGCUUAGUCUCGUAGAACUUCUUCAUAUCUUUUUCAUGGAAACAAACGAAAUGGAAAUACUCAAUGAUGAAUAUAAAGUUUGUCUUAUUUUUGAUGGUCUGGAUGAGUGUCGUCUGUCCCUGGAUUUUCAGAACAAUAUGCGAUUGUGUGAUGUAAGUGAAUCAGCCUCAGUGGAUGUGCUGCUGACGAACCUGAUUGUAGGGAAUCUGCUUCCUUCUGCUCUCAUCUGGAUCACCUCCAGACCAGCAACAGCUGAUCUUAUUCCUUCUAAGUGUGUCCACCAUCAGAAGGACUAUGAGAAGAAGGUGACAGAUGAAGACAUGAUCCUCAAACUGGGUAAACUAGCUUUUCAACAGCUUGUGAAAGGUAAUCUUAUCUUCUAUGAGGAAGACCUCAGAGAAUGUAGCAUUGAUGUGAAAGAGGCAUCAGUGUACUCCGGAGUGUGCACUCAGAUCUUCAGAGAAGAAUCAGGGCUUUACCAGGGGGCAGUGUACUGCUUUGUUCAUCUGAGCAUUCAGGAACAUCUAGCAGCCUUAUAUGUUUACCUUUCCUUCAUGAAUCAUAAAACAAACAUGUUAGACAGCAUAUCAAAACAAACCAUGUUCUCUGAUGCUUCAAUUUCAAUAUCUGACCUACUUCAAGAUGCUGUGGAUAAGGCUUUGCAAAGUCAAAAUGGACAUCUUGACCUUUUCCUCCGCUUUCUUCUGGGUCUCUCACUGGAGUCCAACCACAGACUUUUGCAAGGCCUACUGAAACAGACAACAAGAGGCUGUUCCCAUGAUAAACAAAAAAUAGUUGAGUACAUCAAGAAAAAAGUGAUGGACAACCCCACACCAGAAAAAUCAAUCAAUCUCUUCCACUGUCUAAAUGAGCUGGAUGACCAAUCUUUGGUGGAGGAUAUCCAACAAUAUCUUAAGUCUGGAACCAUAAGAGAACCCAAACUCUCCCCUUCUCAGUGGUCAGCAGUGGCUUUUGUUUUGCUAACUUCAGAGCGAGAGCUGGAUGUUUUUGACCUGAGUGAAUAUGAUGCUGGUACAUACAGCACAUCAGAAGAAGUUCUUCUUAGACUUUUGCCUGUAAUUGAAGCAUCCAGGAUAGCUUUGUUUUAUUAUUGCCAGCUGACAGAGAGAAGUUGUGAAUGUCUGGCAUCAGCUUUAGGCUCAAAAUCCUCAAAUCUCAGAGAGUUGAACCUGAAUGGAAAUAAUAUACAGGAUUCAGGAGUGAAUUUGCUGUCUGCUGGACUGAAGAGUUCUCAUUGUAAAUUGGAGACACUGAGGCUAGGGAAUUGUCAGCUUACACACAAAAGUUGUGAAGCCCUGGCAUCAGCUCUCAGCUCAGUUUCAUCUUGUUUGAGAGAGCUGAACCUAAGUUACAACAAUCUUCAAGACACAGGGGUGAAGAAGCUCUCUAUUGGAUUGGGGAAUCCUCAUUGUAAACUGGUAAUACUAAGACUUUGGAGAUGUGGCCUAACAGAUAAAGGUUGUACUGCUUUGGCUUUAGCUCUGAGAUCAAAUCCCUCACAUCUGAGAAAUCUAGCUCUUGAUAGGAAUAAACUAGGAUACUCUGGAAUAAAGAUGCUCUCAGGUCUACUGGAGAAUCCUCAAAAUAAGCUGGACACACUGAGUCUGAUUGGCUGUGAUGUCAGUGAGAGAGGCUGUGUUGUUUUGGCUUCAGCACUCAAAGGAAAGCCAUCUCACCUUAAAGUGUUGGAUCUAUAUGGCAAUUCAUUAGGAGACUCAGGAGUGAGGCAUCUUGCUACUGGACUGGAGAAUCCUAACUGUAAGAUAGAGACUUUGAGGCUUAUGUAUUGUGAGAUGACCAAUGUCAGCUGUACAACUCUGGCAUUAGUUCUGAAAUUAUCUGCCUCACUUCUGAGAGAGCUUGACCUAUCAGGCAAUAAACUUGGAGAUGCCGGAUUGCGACUUCUUUCUGCUGGACUCGCACAUCCUCACUGUAAAAUAGAGACUCUCAAGCUGAGUAAUUGUGAUGUCACAGACAAAGGCUGUGCUGAUCUGGCUUCAGCUCUAAAAUCAAAUCCCUCACACCUGAAAGAACUGAAUCUGGACAGGAAUGAAUUGGGUGACAAAGGGAUGAAGUUGCUUUCAGCUGCACUGGAGAAUCCUCUCUGUAAACUGCAAACACUGAA